CUGGGCCAGCACGCACUGAUGGUGGAGAUAAGAAGUUAUGCAACAUGUUUUUAACUGUGGCUCAUCCUCUGUGCAGCUCACACACCUCAACCGAGAGAAGCAGUGACGGAGCGCAGAGCUCAGGACUCACAGCAGGACGCACAGCAGGACGCACGAUGGGCUACUUUCCGGACUUUUCCAUCGAAACCUGGAUGUUAAUAGUGUUCCUCAUCACUCUCAUCGCAGUGUAUGGAUAUGCUCCAUAUGGUGUUUUUAAGAAGUUAGGCAUCCGUGGACCCAAACCUUUGCCCUUUAUUGGAACAUUUCUGGAGUACAGGAAGGGUYUCCACAAUUUUGACACGGACUGCUUCAAGAAAUAUGGCAGGGUGUGGGGGUSUUACGAUGGCAGACAGCCUCUCUUGGCUAUAAUGGACACAGCCAUGAUCAAAACAGUCUUGGUUAAGGAGUGUUAUUCUGUCUUCACCAACAGACGGGAUUUUGGCCUAAACGGACCUUUACGUGAUGCUGUAUCAGUAGUAGAAGAUGAGGAAUGGAAGAGGAUUCGCAAUGUGCUCUCGCCAUCAUUCACCAGCGGCCGACUGAAAGAGAUGUACACUAUAAUGUUUAAACACUCAAGUAACCUGAUCAAGAGUCUUCACAAGAAAGUCGAGGCGGAUGAAGUCAUUGAGGUCAAAGAAGUAUUUGGACCGUACAGUAUGGAUGUUUAUUGUCAUAAUAGCAACAAUACAAUAGUUGAAUUAUGUUGUGUGUGUGUUGCAGGGCUGACUGAUAAUGAAAUCCUGUCUCAGGCCAUGUUUUUCAUCUUUGCUGGCUAUGAAACCAGCAGCAACACACUUYGCUUUAUAUCCUACAACCUGGCAACCAAUCCUCACAUCCAAAAGACCUUGCAAAAGGAGAUUGAUGAAACCUUUCCAGAAAAGUGUCAGCCCACCUAUGAAGCUGUGAUGCAGAUGGAAUACCUGGACAUGGUGGUGAAUGAGUCAAUGAGGCUGUAUCCUAUUGCCAGUCGAUUGGAGAGAAUGACGAAGGCCUCAGUUGAAGUGAACGGAGUGACCGUCCCAAAGGGAACUGUCAUUGUGAUACCAGUUUACACUCUGCACCGGGACCCUGCUUUGUGGCCUGAGCCUGAAGCCUUCAAACCUGAAAGGUUCAGCAAAGAGAACAAAGACAACAUCGACCCCUAUGCCUUCCUACCCUUUGGAGCGGGACCAAGGAACUGUAUUGGAAUGCGAUUUGCUCUCGUAGCGAUGAAGCUGGCCUUAGUCAUGGUCCUUCAGAACUUUAGCUUCAUUACCUGCAAGGAGACACAGAUUCCAUUGGUGCUGGGAGUGGAUGGUUUUGUCACACCCGCAGUGCCCAUCAAACUGAAGCUGGAGCCCAGAGCCAAUGAUUCUCCUUCAAUCUAACUCUGAUUGUGAGGCAGUAACCAGGCAGCUCUGACCCUAACCUGCUUCAAAAUCAAGUCACCAGUUUAUGUACCGCUUUUAGAAAAAAAA